CAUUUAUUUAUUUGUUGUGCACAUGUUGGCAAUAUACACGCCAUAGCCUGUGAGCGGAGAUCAGAGGACCGUGUUUGACAGUCGGUUCUCCUUCCAUCCCGUGGGUCCCAGGGACUGAACUCAGGUUGGACAGCAAGCGCAGAGCUUUACCGGCUAGCUGUCUUAGCACCCUUAUGCUGGAAUUCUUCUCUGGCAAGAGCCUUUGACCAAAUUGCUGAGAAACGUGCUUCUUUUUCCUGUCCCAACGUUUUUCCUGCCUCAACAAACGUUUCAAAUUUUAUUCAACCAACUGACUAUUGGAAUUAGAUCAUUUUUAUUCUUUUGUUAUUUAAAAAGCACUCCAAUGAAUAUCAUUAGGUCUAUUUUGAGGAAUUUAAAGGAUAACCUAUAGGACACUGCAAGGAGAACCCAGGCUUUGCAGGCAGAUGUGCUGGCUAAGACUUGCGGCGACUCUGAUGUCUGAGAGGAGUUGGACGAGUUCUCCAAAGGUCACCUGGGUUGAAGCCCAUUAUCAUUUUUAGUUAAAGGUCUGAGUGUAUUUAUAUUCUCCCCACCACUUGUUUUUUUGAGACAAGGCUUCUCUGUGUAGUCCCAACUGUACUAGAACUCGUUCUGUAGACCAGGCUGGCCUUGAACUCAGAGGUCUGCCUUCCUCUGCUUCCUGAGUGCUGGACUGUGUGUAUUUCUUAACCGAAGCCUCAGUUUCCUCUCCUGAAACUCUACUGUGGCAGUGGUUGAAUGCAUCAAAUGCUGGUCUGGAGUGACUGGGACGGAGCUAAGUGGAAGAACACUUGAAACCCUGGGUUUGGUCCCUAGAUAGUGGAGUGAAACACAGGCCAGGCCUAAGAAAUACGAACUACAGUACAAGGCAUAUAAUAGUCACUCAAUAAAAAUAUUUGCUGUUAUUAUUAAAUAAGCAGUAUGCUGUUUUGGGGGUGGCGUGGCAGUAGAUUAAGAGCUAUUUUCGCGAUUCAACUGGUGUAGAAUCAAUUCAACUGGUGUAGUGGUUGAGGGCUUUGAAGCUGGACUAAUUUUUCUCCAGCUCUCCUUUGCAGUAUGGCUCCGACCAUGUUCUCCAUCCCCUCUGGCCCCAGUUUCUUUUUUCUUCUUCUUUCUUCUCUUCUUCUUCUUCCUCUUCCUCCUUCUUCUUCUUUUUUGGUUUUUCGAGACAGGGUUUCUCUGUAUUGUCCUGGAACUUACUUUGUAGACCAGGCUGGCCUCGAACUCAGAAAUCCGCCUGCCUCUGCCUCCCAAGUGCUGGGAUUAAAGGUGUGCGUCACCACGCCGGGCUAGUUUCUUCAUCUUUAAAAGCCAGGUUUCAAGGUUCUCCGAUAGCUUAAAGCCUAACACUUCUUGGUGCUGAACACGCGUUUUACUCAGCUCCCCAUCUGACGGCGGCGACAUCAAAUAAUCCAGCAAGGGCUGGAGAAACAGACCAGUGAGUAAAGGUGCUUUGCCACCAUGGCUAAGAACUUGAGUUCCAUCCCAAGGACCCAUAAAGUAGGAGAAACCGGGACGCUCAGAUCGAGUCCUGCCCUCUAUAGGUGCACCAAGGCACGCUCUCAUAGGAUAAAUUAGAUGUCAUUUAACAAUAACGGAGCAAGAACGUCUAGAAACCCGGAGGGAGAGCUCCCACGUGACCACAGCCAGCCCCACCGGUUUCCCAGGAGGCCGCAGUAACGUCGCAACCACCUAGGCAACGUCUUUGCUCCACCCCCGUCCUCCACUUCCGGUUUUUACGUCAUCGACGGGCGACGGGUUCCGGGAAGGGCUGCGCGGCUGCGUAGGGGUCGCAGGUGAUUUCGAGGCGGCUGGUGCGGCUUGGGGUCGCCAUGGAGAGCGGUUCGCGACCGUCGCUCGGCCAGGUCAUCCUGCUGGGCACCAGUUCGAUGGUCACCGCCGUACUGUACUCCAUAUACCGGCAGAAGGCCCAGGUCGCGCAGGAACUCAAGUUGACCGCCUUGCUCUGUGGCACCUGUCAAGCUGACGAACCUUGAAAGGGCGGGGGGAUCAUCUUCAUCUCUCGGUUCUUACCUCAGCGUGUGACGAGCAGUAGCUGCCCAGCGCAUGGUGGUGGUGUUAUGCUGGCUGGAAUUUCACAGUCCAUCAGCCAAAGACUUGUUCUGGCAGUUGUAUGGAAGAUGGACUUUGGAGCCCAAGUCUUAUCACCAGGGAGCUAAGAAGAUUCAUCUGGGUGAAGAUUUAAAGGGCAUUCUUUCAGAAGCACCGGGGAAGUGUGUGCCUUAUGCUGUCAUCGAAGGAGCUGUGCGGUCUGUUAAAGAAACACUCAACAGCCAGUUCGUGGAAAACUGCAAGGGGGUGAUCCAGCGGCUGUCGCUUCAGGAGCAUAAGAUGGUGUGGAACCGAACUACCCACCUUUGGAAUGACUAUUCCAAGAUCAUUCACCAGAGGACUAACACUGUGCCCUUUGACCUCGUGCCCCACGAGGACGGCGUGGCUGUGUCCGUGCGAGUGCUGAAGCCCCUGGAUUCAGUGGAUCUGGGCCUAGAGACCGUGUACGAGAAGUUCCACCCCUCUGUGCAGUCCUUCACCGAUGCCAUCGGCCACUACAUCAGUGGCGAGAGGCCCAAAGGCAUCCAGGAGACAGAGGAGAUGCUGAAGGUGGGAGCCACCCUCACGGGGAUCGGUGAACUGGUCCUGGACAACAACGCUGUCCGCCUGCAGCCCCCCAAGCAGGGCAUGCAGUACUACCUGAGCAGCCAGGACUUUGACAGCCUGCUGCACAGGCAGGAGUCUAGUGUCCGGCUCUGGAAGAUUCUGGUCCUGGUGUUCGGCUUUGCUACCUGUGCCACCCUCUUCUUCAUCCUGAGGAAGCAGUACCUUCAUCGGCAGGAGCGCCUGCGCCAGCAGCAGCUCCAGGAAGAGUUCCUUGAACACGAGGCCCAGCUGCUGAGUCAAGCCUCGCCUGAGGACAGGGAGAGUCUGAAGAGCGCCUGUGUUGUGUGUCUGAGCAACUUCAAGUCCUGUGUCUUCCUCGAGUGCGGGCAUGUGUGUUCCUGCCGCCAGUGUUACCUUGCCUUGCCAGAGCCCAAGAGGUGCCCGAUCUGUCGGCGGGAGAUCACCAGGGUGAUACCCUUGUAUAACAGCUAGGGGUCUGUGGUCACACUGCAAGUGACCUUUGUCAGGGUCUGUCUGAGGCCUUUGGUGGGGUGGCUGUACCUUCACAUAUGAUGGAGGGGCACUGGCGAGCCUCACAGCUCCAACAGCUGGAUGUGGCUUUUGAACCUGGACCUGGUGUGGGCCGUGGUGAGGGCCCCUUCUUGGGAGCUAGAUCCAUGUGUAUGACUGAAUAAGACCAGCUCAUUGUCCAGGCUCCAAGGCCAGUCCUCUCCGACUCUUGCUCCCUGGGGGUAGGGGUGGGGAUGGGAGGGGGCUUGGGAAGAAGGCUGAGCUCUGAGGGCCUUACAGUAUGGCCUCUUGGGAAAUGCCCAGACUCCUCCUUUUGCUUCUGCUCAGGUGGGCAGACUUCUCUCUCUCUCCCUCUCUCCCUCUCCCUCUCCCUCCCUCUCCCCCCUCCCUCCCUCUCCCUCCCUCUCUCCCUCCCUCUCCCUCUAUUUCCCUUACUUACUUAGUAAUGUUUGCACAUGUGUGAAGACGACAGGAAGUGAGGUCAGCCAUCUGCACGAGUGGGGCACAGGUCAGCAGGAGGACAGGAGGCUUUUCUAGGUUGGCAGGCAGCCUGGGUGUUUUCCUUUGACACAGGGAGGGCACCAGAGCUGAGGAUGGGGCCUCUUUCUGUCUGGCUUCCCAGGCUGCUCUGGCUUUCCACAGAGAGUGAAGGUGGCUGCCGUCCUGGCCUCUAGCCUUGUAGCUUCUUUGCUUGCUUUUGCCAAAGAAAGGUAGCUGGUGGGCACCCACCUCACUGUCCCCAGCAGCCCCCUCUCCCUCACCCAUCCCCGACUUGUGAGUACAAGAGAAAUUAGAGUCUGUCAGGUCAUCCAAACAGCACUUUUCUUCCUUGGCCUCCUGUGUGAGGAGAAGGGCUUCUUCCCGGCGCUGCCUGACACAAGUGCGUGCCGUGUCCGGGUGAGCCGCACAGAUUAGACAGACCGCAGCACGUGUGUGCAUGGUGCUUGCUUCACUAAAGUGAAGUGGCUGAGGCGUCCCUGGGUAGGAGUUAAAGCUCCCCCACCACAGGAUGAAGAUGGAUCUUGGAGACCUCUGCUUUCCUCUUGAGUCCGGUUCAUGGUUGUCGAAGCCCCAUCCUCACCAGGCCCACAGUGGGAUGUAGUGCGCCCUGAGGACUUCCCUGGAUAGCUGUCCUCGGGUGCCACCUGGCCUUGCUGAUGUAGUUGUCUGACAAAAUGUGUCUUGUUUGGAACACUGGAGAAGCUGAGAUGGCGUGGGUCAAGAGGAUAUUAAUAUUCGGUGCUCUGUGCCCGAUAUUGUCCCUGUUUCUAUCAUAAGCUGGGCCUGGUGGCAAGCCAGUCUUGUGAGUUUGGGGCUAGCCCAGGCUACAUAGUGAAACCCUAUCUCAGAACAGCUGGGGCUGGAGUGGUGGCUCGGUGGAAAGGACCAGCCCUCAGCCUGGGCUCCCAGCCAUCGAGCGAGCUCUAGUUCCUGGGCUUGCCACGCCCUACCAGACUGCAUGCUGUGCAGACAUGUGCAGGUAAAACAUGAAUGCACACAAAACUAAAAACCUGGAAAAGAAAAGCUCUGCAUUUGCCAAGGGAGUCACUCAGCACAGUCAGAAGCCCCCCCCCCCCCCCGGCCUUUCUGUAAGGCAGCUGCAGGGGCCCGGUGGGGCUUAGGUAGUGAUUUGGGAGCCCACCUCUGCCAGGAUCAGGAACAAAUCUCAUCAAAGGGGAUAGGAGAACGGGCUUAUUUGUCCCACCCAGUGCACUCUGCAGGUGCCUCCCACCAUGGGAGACAGGAGCAGAAGAGUCUCCCAGGCAUCAGAAGUGGCCGUGUCCCUGUGGUAGGGUAGGUCCCUGCUUGAGCCUAGCAGCUGCUUCCUUCUGCUUUACAAGUCUCACUUCCAGGAAGACUGAGGCUUCAUGGAGGCCCCAACAACCUAAACCAAUACGUGGGGCCGGGAAUGGGUUGGAGGUGCUUAGGGGGAUCAGAGCUAGGAAGGGAGCUGUCAGUGGGGCUGGGUGUCGUGAGUACCCGUCAUUCUCAGCCCCUUCAGUCCCCAGCUGACAGGGCUGGGUGGGAGUCGUUCUGAACAACUGCUGUCGGCUUGGAAUACCUGUGCAGUGCAGGUGCUGUACACACUAAGACUUUGACACCUGUGCAGGCACCAUACACAUUAAGGCUUCAAUACCUGUGCAGGCACCAUAUACACUAAGACUUCAGCCCCGCCCCCCCCCAAGUUGGUAUUGGUUCCCCUAGUUUAUUUCUAGUACUUGAACUCAGCCUAACUAUAAAGCCUUUGCUGGGAGCACUUGAGACCUGGGAAACCAGUAAAAGAAGUUGACUACACGCAGUCCUGCCUUGUGUCCAUGGUCCUGGGUUCCAGGACCUUCAUGGAGACUGAUCUAUAGAUGCCUCAGCACUUACGAACAGUAACCUAGAGUCUGCAGAGUUGCUCACGUGUCUUCCUGUACACACAAAGUCAUCUCUAGAUUAUUCUAAUGCAGGGUAGGUCCCGGGUGCCUGCGUGCGAAGGUGACUGCUGUUUGGGGAGUAGGAAAAUAAAUGUGUACCUGCUCA